UCAGUAGUCUGCUUCGGCAGCGACUUGUCAACAAUUUCGCCGCACAAGAAGAAAGAAAACCAACAUCCUAACCAAAAGCAUCCGGGGAAAUUCGCCAAACAGCCCUGUAAGUGGGGAAGAUUUUGUCGUUACGUAUGUCUCAGCCAUAUAUUCACUUUGUUAUGAUAAAAUUGAUACUUGCCCACUUGUGCUCGAUUUUUUUUCCAGGAAUGUUUAAAGUAUUUUAAUGUCAAGUGACUUCAGUAUUCAAAUGCGUGUGUUUAUCGUAGCUGCAGUGAUAACAAGCGAUCAAAGCUCAUUACAUAAUAAAAUUUUGUCGCUAAUAAUUUGUAUUCAUUGCAGCUGCAUUUGAUGUAAGCGAAUUUGUCGGUGCCGCUAGCAAAUUGCCUUUAUUUUCAAACCAGUUGGUGUGUGAUUUUUGAGAUCUUUGUCGUGUUUAGUGAGGAAUCAUAGACAUUCUCACCCUGCAAACACGAAAAUUGUGUUGGAAACAUUACGAUUAAUACCAUCGCACCUUUGACUAGACGGGAACCUUUGUUUCACAAGAUUAAAUCAUCAGUGUUGAAUAUUAUAUUUUUCAGACAGCCCUUUGUUUUCAGCCAGCCUUUGUUUUAUUCAGGGUUUGCGUGGAAUCCUAAAUCAAAAGAAAACAUAUUCAAGACCUUUAUUAAGUGUUUUCAAGUCUCAAAUCAAACAUUGGAAGAAGCCUGUAUCAUUUUUUGUCAUUGCAUUAUUAAUAAUGGUAAUUGAACUGAGUGGAGUGCAAUUUGGGCUGAAAUCAUACGCGUGAUUUCAAAAUUGAACGAGCGCGCAGCGCGAGUUCAAUUUGAAAUCACAAGUAUGAUUUCAGACCAAAAUUGCACAACACAAAGUUCAAUUACCACUUUAUUACAUCCAUUUUGAAAUCGCCUAAAUACAGGACUUCAAAUAUUUUGUUACUACAAUACUGAGUCAGUUUCAAAUUAAAUUGAUCCAUUUUUUGGGAGGAAAAAAUAAGAGUUUUGGAAACAAAAGUUGCAAAAUUUGCCACAUGACACUUCAUGUCUUUCAUCUUCCUGCAAUUUGAUCGGUUACUUUAAACAAGCCUUGAAGUCUGAUUGGUUGUUUUGUUUUUAGUGUAGCCUCCUCAUAAAGCAAAAAAAUGGUGCAAUUUGUGAAUAAAUCGCACCAAUUAGAGCCAAUCAGAUUACAGGGACCACCAGUGAUUUCAAAAUGGGUGUAAUAAAAUACAUAAAUUACCGUUCAGAAUUUUUAUGUGCAAGUUCAAAUUUUCUUGUAUUAACUUAUUUGAAGAAUAUUCACCUUGAGGGUGAACCCCUGAAAACUACCUUUAGGUGUUAGUCAUCAGAUUUGACUCCUUAACUUAAGUCUGGAAUUCAAAAAUAAUAGUUUUGAAAAAGUGUUGAAUCUUGUUCACCAAAAUUUGCUUGUUUGUAAUACUAUUGCUUGAUUAAUUUGACCAGGGAGUCAGCAGUGUAUUGUAACUAUAAGCUGCGACAGUGGAUGGACUGGUAUACCUGAUGUCCGCUAUGACGAGGCAGGAAGUUCAGGAGAUGGUGGUGGAGGAGGAGAUGAUGAUGAGGACGGUAUAUCCUUCCUCAAACUUUUUAAUGUAAGUGAUAUUUGUCCCAGCAUGGUUCAAUUUCUCAAAUCAUUCAUAUGACUACAGAUCAAAUUGGACUCCACUCAGUGGCAGUUGUCUGAUUUUGUUAAUCACUUGACUGUAUAACAGUACUACAGAUGGAAUUGGACUCCACUCAGUCCUAUUUUCAUUAUAAAUGGCUUAAGAUUACUUUGAUUUGUAUUGUCCUCUUUGUAAAGAUUAUGGAAAUAUACCUGAAUUUUAAACUACAAUGCGUGGAACUGAAAAACUCCAAUAGUUGUAUUAUGACAAGAAUUUGAGCUCAAGUUUGCUAUCAGUGAACAAGUAAAAUGCUUUGGAAAGGUGAAGAGAUUGUUUCUUGUUUUGGGCCUGUGUAGAUAAGGAGUUAAUUAGUUUUGUCCAUGUAUGUAUGGGUUCAUAUUAUGGCUUGGGUUUCUUGAAACCCCAGUAACUUGCAGUCGUCUCCUGACUCUCUGGUGAGUGACCAUGACUGUUUGAUAGGGGUGACUGCUUCAUAGAGGUGAAAAAUACAGUGAUUAAGGAGAAAAAAAUCUGGGACUUUGACAAGUGAUCCUUAAUAGUGGGUGACCGCUUAUUACAGUCCCACUUAAUACAGGUUCAACUGUAUUAUGUUUUUGUUUUUGACCAGGAUUCCAAAAUAGCCAAUGAGAGUGACAAUGACCAACUAUCAAAGUCCCUGCUCUAUAGCUUUUGCCUUAAAAGUGGUGAACACGAUGUGGUCAAGUGGAGAGCUGUGUUGCAAAAUAGCUUUCUUUAUGUAGAGGUUCCACAUGGAGAGAUUGCUCCUGGAGGCAAAGAGUGGUAUGUAAUACUGACUACUGUAUGUAUUACUUCUUGUUUCUGUGGCAGUUUGAAUUUGCUUUGAUAAUUAGAUAAGUUGUGUUAGGUCUCUCCUCUUUAGUUGUAAGGUACAAUCUCACAUUAUUGUGGCUAAUUCUGUCUGUUAUGGUUAAUAAAAGGUUCUUAACUCUGCAUUGGAAGAGCCAAAUUUUGAACUUGUCAGUACAAGAACUAAAGUUAUUAGCCUGAGGGAAAUUUUCUUUAUUUGGUCACAUCAUAAAAACAUUAUUGUAAACCUCUCUACAGGUAUUCAAGCAAUCUAAAUUGAGUUUAAGAUGCUUUUGUGAGGGUUGUUAAGCUGUCAAAAAACCAUCGGUCUUCAAGACACUCCUAAAAAUCUUUUUACGCGCAGCAACUUAGCUUAUACCACUACAACUCAUUUGUGGAUCUGCCAAGCCUAUUGCCUAGCCUAUUGUAAACUAGCACUGAGAUAGCAUUACCUCAUGGCACUUAUUAGAAAUCUUUGUUUUGGUUAGUUUUGUAUCACUGCUGGAGUAUGCAGAGGAACAUCUUGACUGCACUCACAUAUUUGUUGGUCUACUCAAGGAAAGAGAAGACAGAGGUAAUUUGAAUUCUUGGGCACAAAGAACGUACUGUACCCUGAAAUUCCCUCAUUUUCUAAUUAUAAUAACAGAAACGCAAAAUUAUUAUUUGUUUGUCUGUACUAAGAGUUGAUGCAGUUAUGGUCUAAUUUGCCUGUGCUUUCUUUUAGCCUUUGAACUUCUAUGAGUGACCAAGACAGAAUUUCUCCUUACAAUAUCAAUACAAUAUCAAGCAGACAAGUGAUAAGAAUAAAGAAAAAUAUCAAGUAGAAUAUCUUAAGUUGAUCCAAUAAUUAAUUAUCCAAACUAACAUCAGAAUAAGAAUUGUGUGGCAGAUAGAAAGGAGAAUCACUGAUGAGAUCUUGAGAGUGAAAGGGUUCAGCUCAGUUGUACAGCAUAUAAAUGUUUAUUCAACUCAGUUCUUGCUUGUAACUAACUAUUUGGGCAUCUUCAAGUCAUUUUUCAAAGUCUUUCUCAAGCAGGGUACUGUAUGUAAAUGUAAAUAAAUAAUUUUUUCUUUUGGUUGGUCUUUUUGCAGUGAGUCUGAUGCGCACUUUCAUGUUCAUGGGUUUUGAGACAGUGAAGCCAGGUCACGAAUUGUGUCCAGAUAGUCCACACUUCAUCUUUAUGGCUUACACUAUUGAAUAGCAGUUGUGCCCAGGCCUUCCACAGGCUAUUGUUUGCAUGCAAUACUUUUACAUUGUACUUAGUUAAUACUAAAUUGAUUUAAAAAUUAAAAUGUCAAGAUUUGAUGUGGGCUCCCCAAAUUUCAUAGUUUAGAGAUAUGAAAGGGGAAAUCUGUGUCUGUUUGGGACAGUACUCAAACCACAUAGACAUUGUAUGGAUUGAGAAAAGAUGGAAAGAGUUAUUUAGCCAUUAAUUUUUACUUGAGUCCUGCCAAUUAUUUGGCUUGGUGUAAACUGGUUUUGGAAGCUUGUAGUUGCCUCAAAAAUGAGUGUAAGGUGCUCAUAAAUGUAACACAUUUAACUUUUU